AAUUUUAUGACGACCAUGGAAGUUGAAAUUAUAUCCAGAGAAACCAUCAAACCUUUCACUUCAACUUCACCACACAAUAGAACAUACAACCUUUCUUUCCUCGAACAGGUUAAUCCUCGUACUUAUGUUCCAGUUGUUUACUUCUAUCCCAAGGAGGCCUCUGAGACACCUGAUUUCUUGACUGGUGGUGAUAAAUCCAACCAGCUCAAGAAAUCUCUAUCAGAAACACUAGCGAAAUACUACCCUUUUGCCGGUAGGAUCAGAGAUAGAGGCUCCAUUGACUGCAAUGAUGAUGGAGUCACAUUUGUAGAAGCAAGAAUAAAAAACAUUGAGCUAUCUGAGAUUCUUGAGCACCCUAAAGAUGAGGUGCUGGACCUGUUAUUUACAGACAAUCUGCAGUGGAACGAAGAUUCGAAUAUCAACGUCCUCUUGGCUGUGCAAGUAAGCUUCUUUGACUGUGGUGGGAUGGCAGUUGGCAUCUGCAUGUCACAUAAGAUAGCUGAUACCUCCACCAUGAUCAACUUCAUCAACGACUGGGCAGCAGUGGCCCGUGACAACAAAAAAUGUGAUCAAUAUGUACCAUCUCCUGAGUUCAUCUCAGCAACUGUCUUUCCCCGAUGUGAUCUGCCACUGUCGCCAGAAGCCAUGAUUGAGAAAAGCAAUUGUGUGACUAAAAGAUUUGUGUUUGAUGCAACAAAGAUUGCUGCCCUCAAAGCCAUAGUCACGGAAAAAUUGCAAAACCCCACAAGAGUUGAGGCUGUGACUGCUUUUAUUCAUAGCCGUGCCAUUUCUGCAUUGAGAUCAACUUCCGGGUCGUCCUCCAACCCAACCACUUUCAUCCAGACGGUGAACCUCCGCGCUAGAAUGGUCCCUCCAUUGCCACAAAGCUCUGCAGGCAGCAUGAUUUGGUUCUUUACCGUGUCCACAGCUGAGGGCAGCGUCGUUGAGUUGCAUGAUCUCGUGGGUCAAAUGAAGCAGAGAAUGACCAAGUUUUGUGACACGUAUGUCAGAAAGUUUCGUGCGAAAGAUCAAUGGCCUUCCAUCUUUAAAGAGUGUAUCCAAGAAUCAAGGAAACCAUUUUCUAAAGGGAAUUUGGUCAUAUAUAGAUGCAGCAGCUGGUGCAGAUUCCCAGUGUAUGAAGCUGACUUUGGUUGGGGAAAGCCAAUUUGGGUCACUAUUGCUAGCUGUGCCAUGAAGAAUGCUGUUUUCAUGAUUGAUACAAGGGAUGGCGAAGGGAUUGAAGCUUAUGUGAACUUGGAAAAGCACGAAUUGGAUGUGUUUGAGCGUGAUGCAGAGCUUCUUGCUUUCGCUUCUUUGAAUCCGAGUGUCAUUUGAACUCCAUCCGAGCUUCAAAU